ACAGAGGUGGGGGGGGGGGGAGGAGGAAGGAUUUCCCCUGUCUUUGAACAUCCCUGAUCUUUACUGUUUGGUCUAUAUAUUUCUGCAUUUUUAAAAAAAUUAAUUAUUCUUUAUUUAAACAAUAAUAAUUUUACAAAGAGAAAAAAAGGAAAUUAUAUCAAAUUAAAUACAUACAAAUCAAAUAUGUACAAAAUAUAAAAAGAACAAAGAAGGAAUAAUAAUAAUAGUAUCAUAAAAAUAAAAAAUAAAAAAACCCUCCACCCUGUGAUGGCUUCCAGCCUUUUCUCUAUUUCGGUUUCUAUAUCCGAAGUUCUCUGUAUACCUUUUUACGUUUCCUUCCAUUUUUGUUUGAGUCACUUGGGCCCUUCACCUGUCUGCUAAGAGGUUAGCGUUUUCCACAUGGCCUGCCAUAUAAUCAUUAAAUUUACUCCAAUCUUUACCAAUUUUCUGUUCUGAUAUUCCUUUGCUUUCUCCUAUUUUUUCCAUCAUAUUUUGAUAUCUUAACAAUUUAUUUUCUUCAUUUCUACAUAGAUUUUCUUGCAAAAUUUCUUAAUUGUUUUACAGUGUCACCAAAUAUGUACAGUGGUGCCUCGACUUACGAAUUUAAUCCAUUCUAAAGGCACCUUCGCAGGUCGAAAAAUUCGUAAGUUGAAAGACGCCACUGGAAACGCGAUUUCCCAUAGGAAUACAUUGGAAAUGGAAAAAUUCGUAAGUCAAAGCAACCCUAUCUAAAAAUUCCUAAGUCGAAAAAUCCCUAUCUAAAACCGCCGCGGUUUUCUUUCGGAUGUCAAGACAUUUGUAAGCGCGCGGCCAUUACCCCCAUUCAUAAGUCGAAAAAUUCGGUUGUCGAGUCGUUCGUAAGUCAAGGUACCACUGUAUGUACGAGCCUACCUCCUCGUGGCGCCUCCAACAUGAAUUGUCACUCCCUUUGUAUAUUUUUGCCAAUUUCGCCAGGGUCAGAUGCAUUUUAAAAAUAUUUUCUCUUAAAUCAUAAUUUGGUGUAAAUUUACUAUCUCUCAUCCAUAAUUUCCCCCAUUUCUCUACCAAUAUUGCUUUCCCCAAAUCUUGUCCCCAUUUUAUCAUGACCUCCUUUGUAUCCCAUCUUGUAUCUCAUCUUUUGUAUCCCAUUCUAAUAAUAAAUCAUAUAAAUUUUUAAUAUAUUUAUUAUCCCCUCCCAAUAAUAUUCUAUCAAAUUUUGAAAAACUAUUUUCACAUCCUAUUGCCUUAUCUUUCUGAAAUCUUGAAACUACUACGUUCUUUCAAUUUUUCCUCCAUUAAAUACUUGUGCCAUCCGAAGGCCAGGCCCACCACUUCCAAAUCUAAUACAUCCACAUUCUUUAGUUUGAUCCAUUCUUUCAGCCACACUAAACCAGCUGCACCGUGAUACAAUUCCAAAUUUGGCAGAUUGAAACCUCCUCUCCCCCUUCUAUCUGUAAGAAUUUUAUAUUUGAUUCUGGGUUUUUCCUCAUUCCAAACAAAGUUUGCCAGAUCUUUCCUCCAUUCUUUAAAACACUUUGCAUUUCCUAAUAUGGGUAGAUAUUGAAACAAAAAAAGCAUUUUGAGGGAGGACACUCAUUUUGAUUACUGAUAUCCUUCCUAAUGGAGAGAGUUUUAAUUUAGACCAAUUUAUUAGGGUUUUUUUGUAUUUCUUUCCAUGUUCUCUCGUAGUUUUCCUGAUACAAAUCUAUAUUUUUUGUUGACACCAGUAUUCCCAAAUACUUCAUUUUCUUCUUAAUUUCAAUACCUGUCAUAUCCUGUAAUUGUUCUUUUUCUUUAUUUUCCAUAUUUUUCUUCUUUUUUUUAUAGUGUAUUUUGAAUCCAGCCAAUCUUCCAUAUCAUCAUCGGCGAAAGCCCUUAUCUUGUACCUCCUAUUUCCAACCACAGUUCCUUUGAUACCCUCUUCCUCUCUAAUGUUCUUCAUUAAUAUUUCUAGCACUAUCAUGAAUAAUAUUGGGGAUAAGGGGCAACCCUGCCUAGUACCUUUUUUAUUUCUACAUUGCCUGUAAUUGUUCCAUUUAUUAUUAAUCUUGCUUUUUGAUUUUGAUAAAUAGCUCCAAUUGCUCUUUCCAAUUUCUUGCCAAUGUUUAAGCCUUUUAGAAUUGUUUUCAUAAACAACCAAGAUACAUUGUCGAAUGCCUUUUCUGCAUGUUUUCGAGGCAUUCAAAUAUAUUUAUGAUGUUUCUUAUAUUAUCUUUUAUUUGCCUUCCUUUUACGAAUCCGGCUAGGUUAUCAUGAAUUAUGUCCUUCAAUAUUGUAUUUAAUCUUUUGGCUAUCACUCCUGCGAAGAUUUUAUAAUCGCAGUUGAGUAGAGAGAUAGGUCUGUAAUUUGUGGGCAGUUCCAAAUCGGUAUUUUGCUUUGGCAAGAGUGUUAUUAAUGUUUCUUUCCAUGUGUCCAUUUUUCCAUUUAUUAGGGUUUCGUUCAUUACUUCUUUCAGGGGUGGUAUCAAUAUCUCUUCCAAAUUUUUAUAAUAUUCUAUGGGAAUUCCAUCAGGCCCUGGUGUUUUCAUACCUUUUUUCAUUUUUUGAAUUACUUCUUUGAUCUCCAAUGUUGUUAUUUUAUCAUUCAAUAUUUUAAUUUUUUCUGCCGGUAUUUCCAACAGUUUAUAAUUUUUUAUGAAUUCCUCUAUCUCCUCCUCGUUUAUUUCUUCUUUGUUAUACAACAUUGUAUAAUAUCUUUCAAAUGUUUUUAUAAUUUCCUUUGGUUUAUCUAUAAUUUCCCCCUCAGAUCUUAAUUUAUUUAUUACCCUCUCGUUUUUCCGCUUUUUUAAUCACCAGGCUAGAACUUUCCCAGGUUUAUUUCCCCAUUCAAAAUUCUUAUAUCUCCAAUAUUGGAGAUAUUGCUCAGUUUCUCUAGAUCUAUCAUAUUUUCAUAUUCUGCUCUUAAUAUACAUAUUUCCUGAUUAAUUUCUUUCCGCUUGGUUUUAUACAAUAUUUUUUCUUUCUUUUUUAUCUCCUCUAGCAGGUUUUUUUUUUGCUCCCUUGCUUUUUUAAGCUUUGAAUUUUGUUGAAUAGCCUCUUGCCAUUGCUUUCCCUGCAUCCCAGACUGUUCUGCAUGUCUAGAUGUGGUCCUCUCUGUUGAUAGUUAAAGCAAAGGGGUUGGGGUUGCCUGGCAACCACAGGGAGAACUAGGAGGAGGGAGGGAGGAGCUGUAGCAGAGAGAGAAAGAGAGAGAGAAACAAGAGAAGGAGGAGGAAGGAAGGAAGGAAGGAAAGAGGGAGUCCCUGCAUGGUUCAGCCACCUCCAUCCCACCCACAUGGAGCAGAGCUGCCCUCCUCACUUUUUCUGGGGCCACCAGGGUCUUGCUCCUAUCAUCCCAACUGUGGUGAAAACUGCAUUUGUGAAUUUCAUUUCUUGCUGCUUCAUGACCUUUGCAUGUUCACCCCAUAACGUGGCAUUUCCUGGACUGAGCUUAGGAUUCCUCAGGUGGGCAUUGAGAACCGACUGCCCAGGCCUGGGGUCUGACCCUUUGACUGACCCAAGCUGGGCUGAAAGCCAAAGCCGCUUUCUCUGUGCAUGAGGGCAGAAGAUCCAUGGGGUCAGGAGGAGUUUCUGCACUGGGAGUGGUUCUUGACCCACAUCUUGAUCAGAUUAAAUGUUUCCAUGGCAACAGGAUGUGUGCUUUCUAGGAAUGGAGGAGAAGGGCAGUUAUGAUGGGGCGGUUGAGGGGAAGGGAAGGAGUCCUUCUAAACAAUGCAUUUUCUGUUCAGCAUCCUAAAAAUUUCAGUGAGGUAACCAAAGCCUCUUAAAAAUGGGGUCACAAUUAAUGUGGCUCAUAAAAUCCAUAGUCUUCUCCCCGAAGAUGCCGCAUUUUGGGCCUCCAAUGAAAACAGAAGUUAAAAUCCAUUUCCUGUCAAGUGAACCGCAGGAAUGAACCGGGUGCCUGGGGACUCUACCAUAAAUAAUUCACAGGCACAACAUCACAUUAAACUAAUGCUGCUGAGCUCAGGAUACAAGCCCUCACCGGCCAGGAAAUUCCAAUUUUCCCACUCCAGCCUCUCUCCUUAAGCUGAGGUCCUCUCAAGGCAGGUCAUGAGACUGCUGUGGUGGGAGGGAGCAGGAGGGCGCCCCUUGCCCCACGGGCCAUGAAGGAGGGGCACCCCAUGCCCUACUCUGUCCCUCUUGGCCCUCAUUCCCCAGAACACAGCUCCACCCUGCUGGGACCCUGCAGCAGGGGGGCUGAGCCUCCCCUUGGAAGCCAUGAAACUCCAACUCCCAUCAGUCAGUGUGGCUGCCUGGGGGACCGCAGGGUCAGCUGCUAUCCCUCAGUCCCCAUGGGCAAGAUUGCUGCCAGCAUGGGGCUUCCCCCAGAGUGGUCCCCCCCCCAGAUCAUAGAAUCCUAGAAUGGUAGAGUUGGAAGGUAUUGCAAGUGUCAUCUAGUCCAAUCCUCUGCAACCCAGGAAUCUUUUACCCAAUGUGAGGCUCAAACCCAUGACCCUGAGUUUCAGAGUCUCAUGCUCAACCAACUGAGCUAUCCCAGCUUCUUUAGUUCUGUUCAUCUCCAGCCCUUCACCAGGGUAUGCUGAGGUGUGCCCAGCUGGCCUUCUCUCCCAGGGCUCCAGGCGUUGUGCGUGGGGCUCUCAGGCUGGCUUCUAGCCCAUUCUUGGCUGCACCCAAAGCUCAGCUUUUCCAAGAUGGCUGUAUCAGAUUGCUGUACCGCUUUGGGGGCCUUUUGAGUGCAGUAGCAGUAGCAUGGGAAGGUCUUGUGGUGGCCUCUUGUGGCCUUGCGUUUAUCUGUCCUCCUUCCUCCCGGGAGUGUAGCUCUUAGUUGGCCUCUGAUCUGCUCAGAAGAGGCGGAGGUGAUGCAGAAGCGUUUUACCCCAGAAAGCCUGCAUAUCAGGUCAUCAGGAUUUCCUGCAAGCACAGUGUGACUCAAGGCCAGGUCAAGGCAGCUUUGCAAGGAGAGGGAAUUCAGAAAGCCAAAGACCAUUGUGAACAUUUCUCUUGAAAGCAGGAGAUGAGACCCAGGGAGUUUAUAGGAUUCUGCCCUUCCUGUUUUGGCUGUGAUCCUAAAAUGGUCUUAGCAGAAGGGAUGAUCAGAAGUGGGGAUCCACAAAGUCGUUUCUCUGCUCUUCGCUUUCUAUGUUGUACAGUGACCCUUUCAGGGAGAGGCAGAGUUUCUCAGAGCUCUUUCUCAAAUCUUUCUUUCUCUGUGUGUUUUGCAUCUGUUGGGGUCAUUCUGAGUGCUGCAGCAACAAAGACCUCCCCAUCCUGUCCUCUUAGCUGCAGGGGACGGAGGGGACAGAGGGCUGUGCUGUGGCUGCCCCUGCCUCCUCUUCCAGGGGCAUCAUCAGUAGCAAGCAGGGAGGAGAAUUCUCUAUUGCAACAAGAUUAAGCUUAAUCCUGCAUUAACCUAUUUGAUCAUUUUGCAGCACAGCUGAAUAAAUUGCAAUUAAUGGCAGGCACCUGGAGCCCUGUGAUAAUCCUGUGUGCGAGUGAGUGUGAGAGAGUGAGCAGCCUCCCCUACAGCAGCCCUUCAAGCCCACCAGCCUGGCAGUUGGUGAUAAAUGCUGCUGGCGCAACUUUUAUCUCCAGGCAGGGUGCUCUGCACCUGCUUGAACCAAGUGACACAACAUCCCUCUAAUUAGUGCUAAGCGGGGAGUUUUCCCCAGCCUCUCUUGCCCUGUCAGAUGGGGAAUUUUCCAGAUAAGCUGACCCUCAUUUUGCAAAGGCCUGUCUCUGGAUUAUACCCCUGAGAAAAGAGCUUUAUUCUGCCUGGAUAAGCAAAGUAUUUUUUUCCAAAGUGAUUUGCAGUCUUUUGAAGUGAGUCACCCUAUCCAGAGCCCAGAUAGCCUCUGUGCAGCCAGUGGGGAGCUAGAGGGAGAGGCAGCCCCUUCUCCCACUUGCCUUUAAAGCAAUGUUGAAAACACAGGCUGGGCCUCACUUUUGACUUGCAUGGGUAGAAAGUCAUGGGUUAAAAUGGACGAAGAGACUGACAGGCUGAAUGUUGGAACAAUUCCCUCCCAGGCUCAUCCUUGGCAAGUGGAGGACCUUGAAAGCCCACCUGAGAGCCGUUCUACUGGGUUAGGUGGGUGAGGAGGAGGAGGAGGAGGAGGAGGGACCUACAGCCAUUUGUCAGGAUAUGGUGUGUGGGGCUGCAUUUAGAGGCAGCACCACCUCUGAUGCUAGCAGCAAGUGACUGGGGAGGGGGUCACUUUCAUGCCCCAUGUGAGCAUCCCACAGUAAUUGGCCAGGAGGUCUGGGUGAGAUGGAUCCUUGGACUGAGCCUGUGGGAAGGUUCCUCUCUCUGAUCUCAUAUAAUCAUCUCAGCUUCUCGUUUUUUUAUAUACUGUAAACUAUUUUCAUGCCACCCUUCAGUAAAACCUCCUGGGUAGCCUUCAAGAGAGUAAUGAAAUGGUAAUAAAUGUAAAAAUAACAUAUGUCUAAUGUUACCGUCCCUGCUUUGCAAAGAUGCGGCUCCCUUUCCCUUUUUAGGGUGAGGACCAACCUGCAUGGGUUUUGCAGGGUCUCCUGAACCCUGCCCCAGCAAAAAAAUAACCUUGGAACUGGUGUGCUGCUCGAUUCAGGUAUUUCUGCCUGAGGUUUCCACUCCUCCUCAGAGUAGUUCACUUUUUCUGAAUUGGAGUGUUUGUGCCCACACUGGGGCCUUUGGGCUCACCCAGGUCCCUGUUCCCAAGUGGGCCUUUAUCCUUCCACAAGCGCUUUCAGGUUUAUACGGGGUAUUCUUCCCCCCCCUGUCCCCUCCAUGCGUAUGUCCGUGCCCAUGCUGAUGUCCGUUGUGGGCAUGCACACAUGGGGACUUGUUUAGCUUGGCAUGCACACCUCGAAAACAUUUUAAAUUGUUUUUAAAAUACUGUACACAUUUCUUGAAAUACCAGAUUUGCACAAAACAGCAGUGAACAAUUGGUUGAAAACACUGCAAGCUUUUGCAAUUGUUUGCACGAAAUGCUGCCACUUCCUUUCCCACUUCCUGUGCUUGCAAGGAGAAAUUGUUAGUUUUAAUUUUAAUAAAGCUGUUUUGUGCAAAGAGCUGUUUUAAAAAUAAAAGCACAAUGAAUGUGCCUUCACCAACAAUGGGCCAUGAAGGGCUGGCUGCAUCCUUUGCUUUGCUCUGAUGAGAACAAAAUUAAAGCAGGGUGGGGGGGGGGCAAUAGACGCACCCAGCAAAAUGGUCACCACCAAUGUAAAAAAGCCCCGCCCACUCCAUAUGCUUCAACAGCACUUUUCUAUGGGAUUUUCUUCUUUUAUCAGAUUAUCCAUAGAUUGGGAAAAUCCUGAUUCAGUGGGGGAAAGUGCUGACUGCCACUUAGAUGCUGAGGAUGACACAAGCAAUUCCAGCUCCAAAGGAGGCUGAACCCUCCAGCAGCAGCUGGGGCUUGGCUCUCCAUCCUGGCCCUGAUCCUCCGAGAGCCGCCUCUUCCCUCUUGGAGGGGGCGUUCCUUGUGAGCAGGUGGGCGACGGAGAAGCCAGGCUUGCCUGGGCCUUGGAGAAGCUGCCUUGUGGGCCGGCAACUCUCCGUGGGCCCAACUUGAAGAGAGCUGCUUUUACGGGAAGCGUUUGCACAACAGACAUCAUAGCCCUGGAAAACUACCGUAGUUAGAUGCACCGUACAAAUAGUGGGAACGUUUGGUUUUGCUGGGGAGAUAAAAUAUGUUUCUUUUGUGCUGUGCCGGACGCCUCCCCCCCCCUGCCCCGCCCCGCCAGGCCCGACUCUUUCCUUUGUUCGGCUUUGUCCAGCCUGCUCCGCUCCUGAUGCCGGGCUCCCCUCGGGAGCUGCUCCUGGCUGCCCUUAGCAAGCCGGCGCGAACCUUUGUAGGAGGAAGCCUCGCGCAGCGCAACCCGCAGCUCCGGGCGCGCGGGCCGAGCUUGCCAAGACGGCCUUCCCGGAGGAGGCGCUGCGAGGGGACGUGGCUGGGCCGUCCCCAGAGGGCUUGGAGCCGGCUGAGGCGAGGAGGAAAGGGUUCCUCCGCCUGGGUGCUGCUGCAGACUCCACAAAGGGAGGGCGCGCGAGGAGAGGCGAGCACUAGGGCCCAGGAGGUGCCCCGCUCGAGCUGGGGUGGAACAGGCAGGCUGCGCCGGAGCCGAGGGAAGGAAGUCAUUAGUGCAGCGGAGGAGGAGGAGGAGGCGGAGGCGGAGGCGAGCGGAGAAGCAGCGCCGCGGGCUGGCCGUGGCUUGGAUGUGGGGCUCCGGCAGACAGGCAGGCAGGCGCUCGUCGUCGUCGUCGUCGUUCUGCGCGCAGUGCCAGGUGCCCCGCGGGGGCGCUCAAUUCGUGGGGAUUUAUUGCGGGCCGGGCUGGGCGGAGGAGGCGGCCUCGCCCCGGCGGCGGAGGGGCUUGCAUGGCCGCGGUAGGGCGGGCUGCUUCCCGGGGCAGCCGCCGCCCAUCGCCCUCCGGCCUGCCUGGCCCUCUGCGGAGGAUGUCGCGCCUCCCGGACUCCCCGAGCGGCCGCCCAGCGGUGCGCUCCGGCCCCCGGGCGCCGUGAGCGGCGGAGCCGGACCUGUCCCGCCCCGGAGGGCGACGCCGGCCCGCGGCAGCAUGAGUGCCGCUGCCCGAGCCCUUGAGCCCCCCGCCAGCAGCGCCAGCCCCGUCCCGGCUUGAUGUUCAGGAGCCCGGCUGUACAAAUAUGAUGAAAUGGCAGCCCCGGAAGAAGGCCUACUUCCGACAGGGUGUUGCCCUCCAGUACCUUGGGCGCCAUGCCGAUGCCCUGGCGGCCUUUGCCUCUGGCUUGGCUCAAGACCCCAAGAGUCUGCAGCUGCUGGUGGGGAUGGUGGAAGCCGCCAUGAAGUCUCCCAUGCGAGAGUCCCUGGAGCCAACGUACCAGCAGCUGCAGAAGAUGAAGCUGGACAAGAGCCCUUUUGUGGUGGUCUCUGUGGUUGGCCAGGAGCUGCUGACGGCCGGCCACCACGGGGCCUCAGUGGUGGUCCUGGAAGCGGCCUUGAAGAUUGGGACAUGCAGCCUGAAACUGAGGGGCUCUGUCUUCUCAGCCCUGAGCAGCGCCUACUGGUCCCUGGGCAACACCGAGAAGAGUGCGGGCUACAUGCAGCAGGACUUGGACGUGGCCAAGACUUUAGGUGACCAGAUGGGUGAAUGCCGAGCUCACGGCAAUUUGGGCUCUGCAUUCUUCUCCAAAGGAAAUUACCGGGAGGCCUUGACAAACCACAGACAUCAGCUGAUGCUUGCCAUGAAACUCAAGGACAGAGAGGCAGCCUCCUCGGCCCUCAGCAGCCUGGGCCACGUCUACACGGCCAUUGGGGACUACCCCAACGCCUUGGCCAGCCACAAGCAGUGCGUGCUCCUGGCCAAGCAAGGGAAGGACGAUCUCUCCGAGGCCCGGGAGCUGGGCAACAUGGGGGCCGUCUACAUCGCCAUGGGCGACUUUGAGAACGCCGUGCAGUGCCACGAGCAGCACCUGGCCAUUGCCAAGGCCCUGGGCUGCCGGCGGGAGGAAGCCCGUGCCUACAGCAACCUGGGCAGCGCUUACCACUACCGCCGAAACUUUGACAAGGCCAUGUCUUACCACAACCACGUUUUGGAGCUGGCCCAGGAGCUGGAGGAGAAGUCCAUCGAGAUGCGUGCCUACGCCGGCCUGGGCCACGCUGCCCGCUGCAUGCAGGACCUGGAGCGGGCCAAGCAGUACCACGGGGAGCAGCUUGGCAUUGCCGAGAGCCUGCAGGAUCGAGCCGCCCAGGGGCGCGCCUCCUCCAACCUGGGGAUCAUCCAUCAGAUGAAGGGCGACUACGAGGCGGCCUUGAAGCUGCACAAGGUCCACCUUUCCAUUGCGCAGGAGCUGAACGACUAUGCGGCGCAGGGCCGGGCCUACGGGAAUAUGGGCAACGCCUACAACGCCUUGGGCCUCUUUGACCAGGCGGUCAAGUACCACCGGCAAGAGCUGCAGAUCUCCAUGGAGGUGAACGACCGAGCCUCCCAGGCCUCCACCCACGGCAACCUGGCAGUGGCCUACCAGGCCCUGGGCGCCCACGACCGGGCCCUGCAGCACUACCAGAACCACCUCAACAUUGCCCGGGAGCUGCGGGACAUCCAGAGUGAAGCCCGGGCCCUGGGCAACCUGGGGAACUUCCACUGCUCCCGGGGGGAGUUUGCCCAGGCAGCCCCCUACUAUGAGCAGUACUUGCAGCUGUCCCCGGAGCUGCAGGACAUGGAGGGCGAGGGCAAGGUGUGCCACAACCUGGGCUACGCCCACUACUGCCUGGGCAACUAUGAGGAGGCCGUCAAGUACUACGAGCAAGACCUGGCACUCGCCAAGGACCUGCAUGACAAGCUGAGCCAGGCCAAAGCCUACUGCAACCUGGGCCUGGCCUUCAAGGCACUGGCAUGCUUUGGCAAGGCUGAGGAGUGCCAGAAGUACCUCCUGUCCCUGGCCCAGUCGCUCAGCAACGCCCAGGCCAAGUUCCGGGCGCUGGGCAACCUGGGCGACCUCUCCAUUUGCAAGAAGGAUGUGGGCGGUGCCGUCAGGUUCUACGAGCAGCAGCUGAGUCUGGCGCACCAGGCUGCGGACCGGAGGCUGGAGGCCAGCGCCUACGCAGCCCUGGGCUCGGCCUACCGCCUGCUGCAGAAGCAUGACAAGGCCCUGGGCUACCACACGCAGGAGCUGGAGGUGUACCAGGAGCUGGGCGAGGCCCUGGGUGAGUGCCGCGCACACGGGCACCUGGCUGCUGUUUACAUGGCCCUGGGCAAGUUUACCAUGGCCUUCAAGUGCUACGAGGAGCAGCUGGAACUGGGGCAGAAGCUGAAGGACCCCGGCAUUGAGGCCCAGGUCUACGGCAACAUGGGCAUCACCAAGAUGAACAUGGGCGCCAUGGAGGAGGCCAUCGGCUACUUUGAGCAGCAGCUGGCCACCCUUCAGCAGCUGAGUGGCACGGAGGCCAUGCUGGACCGGGGAAGGGCCUUUGGGAGCCUGGGCGACUGCUACGAGGCCCUGGGCGACUUUGAGGAGGCCGUCAAGUACUACGAGCAGUACCUGUCUGUGGCACAGAGCCUGAACCGUGUGCAGGACCAGGUCAAGGCUUACCGGGGCCUGGGCAAUGGGCACAGGGCAAUGGGGAGCUUGCAGCAGGCCCUGGUGUGCUUUGAGAAGAGGCUGGUGGUAGCUCACGAGCUCGGGGAGGCAUUUGACAAGGCCCAGGCCUACGGGGAGCUGGGCGCCCUGCACAGUCAGCUGGGCAACUCGGAGCAGGCCAUCUCCUGCCUGGAGCGCCAGCUGGGCAUCGCACGGGAGAUGAAGGAUCAGGCCCUGGAGGGGAGCGCCGCCUGCGGCUUGGGCAGCAUCUACCAACAGAUGGGCGAAUACGACACGGCCCUGCAGUACCACCAGCUGGACCUCCAGAUUGCCGAGGAGACCCACAACGCGGCCUGCCAGGGCCGGGCCUAUGGCAACCUGGGCCUAACCUACGAGUCCCUUGGCACCUACGAGAGAGCAGUGGUCUACCAGGAGCAGCACCUGAGCAUUGCGGCCCAGAUGAAUGACCUAGUGGCCAAAACUGCCUCCUACAGCAGCCUGGGCAGGACCCACCACGCCCUCCAGAACUACUCCCAAGCCGUGAUGUACCUGCAGGAAGGGCUGAGGCUGGCAGAGCAGCUGGGCCGCAGGGAGGAUGAAGCCAGGAUCCGGCACGGCCUGGGCCUUUCGCUCUGGGCUAGUGGGAAUCUGGAGGAGGCUCAGCACCAGCUCUACCGGGCUUCCGCUCUCUUUGAGACCAUCCGGCAGGAGGUGCAGCUCAGCACAGACUACAAGCUCUCCCUCUUUGACCUCCAGACAUCCUCCUACCAGGCCCUGCAGCGGGUGCUGGUGAGCCUAGGGCACCACGACGAGGCUCUGGCCGUGGCGGAGAGAGGCCGGACAAGAGCCUUCGCUGACCUGCUGGUGGAGCGUCAGACAGGCCAGCAGGAGUCGGACCCCUAUUCCCCCGUGACGGUUGAUCAGGUCCUGGAAGUAGUGAACGGGCAGCGGGGGCUGGUUCUGUACUAUUCCUUGGCAGCAGGGCACCUUUACAGCUGGCUCCUGGCUCCUGGGGCAGGGAUCUUGAAGUUCCACGAAUGCUACCUGGGCGAGGGCCCGGCUGAGGGCUCUGGAGACUUCCAGGAGAACACUGCCAGCCUCCAGGCAGUCACCAGCUCAGCUCUGGAGCACCUCAGCUCUGGUGUGCGGGAAGCGCUGGGCGUGGACUCUUACUACAUGCGAGCCUCAGCCAGCAGCGAAACUGAGAGUGAGGCAGGAGACAUCAUGGACCAGCAGUUUGAGGAGAUGAGCCACAAGCUGGACUCCACCUCAGACCCCACUGGCUUCCUGAGGAUGGUUAGCAGGAACAACCUCUUCAACAGGAGCUGCCAGAGCAUGAGCAGCCUCUUCAGCGGAGGAGGCCCAGCGUCCCCAACCAAGGAAGCCUCCUCCUCCUCCUCUUCCUCCUUGCCCCGCCGGCUCAGCUCCUUCAGCAAGUCCCCCCUGCGCUCCCUCUAUGACCUGCUGAUUGGGCCCAUGGAAGGGGGCCUGAUGCACUCCAGUGGGCCGGUCGGCCGCCACCGGCAGCUUGUCCUGGUGCUGGAAGGGGAGCUGUAUCUUAUCCCUUUUGCGCUCCUCAAGGGCAGCUCCUCCAACGAGUACCUGUACGAGCGCUUCAGCCUCAUUGCAGUGCCCUCCCUCCGCGCCCUGAACCCCAGCGCCAAGAGCCAGGCCAAGAAGAGUCCCUCAGCGUACGGCAGCUCCCCUGCCAUGGCCGCCGUCAUCGGCAACCCCAAGCUGCCCCCCUCGGUGAUGGACCGCUGGCUGUGGGGGCCCAUGCCCUCUGCCGAGGAGGAGGCCUAUGCAGUCGCGGAGCUGCUGGGCUGCCAGCCCCUGGUGGGCAGCAUGGCCACCAAGGAGCGGGUGAUGAGCGCCCUAGCCCAGGCUGAGUGCGCCCACUUCGCCACCCACGUCUCGUGGAAGCUGGCCGCCCUGGUCCUGACGCCCAACGCCGAGAGCCUGGCAGCCGGCAGUAAAGGUGCCUUUGGUAACUCCUACACCAUCCCAGAGUCUCUGCGCAUGCAGGACGACACCAGCGACGCAGAGAGCAUCUCCGACUGCCCACCCCUCCAGGAGUUCCUGCUCACGGCAGCCGACGUGCUGGACCUGCGCUUGCCUCUCAAGCUCGUGGUGCUGGGCUCCUACCAGGAGUCCAACGGCAAGGUCACGGCCGACGGUGUGAUUGGGCUGACGAGAGCCUUCCUGGCGGCUGGCGCCCACUGCGUCCUGGUUUCCCUCUGGCCAGUGCCCACGGCCGCCUCCAAGCUGUUUGUCCACAGCUUCUACACGGCGCUUCUUGGCGGCCUCAAGGCCAGCGCAGCACUGGGGGAGGCCAUGAAGAUGGUGCAAAGCAGCAAGCAGUUUGCCCACCCCUCCAACUGGGCAGGCUUCAUGCUGAUUGGGAGCGACGUGAAACUGAACAGUCCUUCCUCUCUGGUUGGCCAAGCCCUGACCGACAUCCUGCAGCACCCAGAGCGCGCCCGCGAUGCCCUGCGGGUCCUUCUCCACCUGGUUGAGAAGUCCCUGCAACGGAUCCACAGCGGGCAGCACAACUCCAUGUACACCUCCCAGCAGAGUGUGGAGAACAAAGUGGGCGGCAUCCCAGGCUGGCAGGCUCUGCUGACCGCGGUGGGCUUCCGGCUGGACCCCCCAGCCAGUGGGCUCCCCGCAGCUGUCUUCUUUCCCACCGCAGACCCCGGAGACCGCCUCCAGCAGUGCAGUACCACACUCCAGUCCCUGCUGGGUUUGCCCAAUGCUGCCCUCCAAGCCCUCUGCAAGCUCAUCACCGCCUCUGAGACGGGAGAGCAGCUCAUCAGCCGGGCUGUUAAAAAUAUGGUAGGAAUGCUCCAUCAAGUCCUGGUGCAGCUCCAGGUGGGAGAGAAGGAGCAAGAUUUCUCCUUGGCCCCCAUCCAGGUCUCCAUCAGCGUCCAGCUUUGGCGACUGCCAGGCUGCCACGAGUUCCUGGCAGCUCUAGGCUUCGACCUGUGUGAAGUUGGCCAGGAGGAGGUGAUCCUGAAGACAGGCAAGCAGGCCAGCCGCCGGACGAUGCACUUUGCUCUGCAGACUCUUCUCUCGCUUUUUGACUCCACGGAGCUCCCCAAACGACUCAGCCUGGACAGCUCCUCCUCCCUCGAGUCGCUGGCUUCUGCUCAGUCCAUCUCCAACCCUGGGCCGCUGGGCUACCAGAACCCGCCCUUCUCCCCGACAUGCCCCGACAGCCUGGGCUCCGACGCCAUCUCAGUCUACAGUCUCAACUCCAUCACGUCUUCCAUCAGCUUUGCUUCCAAGCCCGAGUGUGGCGUGGUGGAAGGGGGCGGCUCCAGGGGGCGCCUGGACCCUGAGAGGCCCAAGAACGCCUAUCCCCAAAGGGCUGCCCUGCCCCACGGACAGCUCUCGUCUCCAGGCAGUGCUGUCCCCAGCAAGGAGGAAGAAGACGAGGAGUAUGAAGGCUUCUCUAUCAUCAGUAAUGAGCCUCUGGCGACCUACCAGGACAGAAGGCAGGGGCUCUUUUCCCCUGACCACAGUCCCUCCCGGACUCGUAAAGGCAGAGGUGUUGUGGUCUCGGUCAGUUCCAAGGGGAGUGUCAGCUCUCCCAACUCCCCUGUGAAAAUGACUCUUAUUCCCAGCCCAAACUCCCCUUUCCAAAAAGUUGGGAAACUGGCCAGUUCAGACACUGGUGAGUCGGACCAGUCCAGCACUGAGACAGACAGCACCGUCAAGUCCCAGGAGGAGAAUGCGGCACCGCUGGACCCUCGCGAGCUGGCCCAGAAGAUCCUGGAGGAGACGCAGAGCCACCUCCUGGCCGUGGAGCAGCUGCAGCGCAGCAGCCAGCUGACACAGAGCAGCAGCAGCCGCAGCAGCAGCCUAGACCCCCUCCCCAGAGCCCCCCUGCUGCCCACGGGGCGUGCCUCCUCCUUCCGCUCCUCAGAGACCAGCGCCUUCAGCAGGCCUCAGUGCUCUGGCCACAAGGGCCAGGCCUCCCCUGCCCCCCUCCGGCCAAAGCCCCCCGCCAGGAGCUCCUCCCUACAGAAAGUCAGCUCUGGCUAUAGCAGCCCCACAACCUCCGAGGCAUCCAACCGAGAGGAAGGGGCUGGCUCCCACAGCAGCCAGCCAUCCCCCAGCUCCGAGCCUCAGGGGGUGUUGCUGCCCGGGGAGCAGCAGCCUCUGCUGUCCUCCCCCUUCCGGCUCAAAUACCCCAGCUCCCCCUACAGCACCCACAUUUCCAAGUCACCCAGGAACACCUCCCCCAGCUCAGGGCACCACUCCCCGGCAGGCAGCACCCCCUCGCCGGCUCUCUCCUACUCUUCUGCCAGCUCUGCCCGCUCCAGCCCUGCCGACGCCCCCUCCCUUGACAAACUCAAGAUGGCCGCCAUCGACGAGAAGGUGCAGGCCAUCCACAACCUGAAGAUGUUCUGGCAAAAUGCCCCUCAGCACCCCACGGGGCCCCUCAAGAUCUUCCGGAGCUCCUCGGGGAGGAGGGACGUCCUCAGCUUGCUGAACUUGUCUCCACGGCACGGCAAGGAGGAAGGGGCCGACAAACUGGAGCUGAAGGACUUAUCUGCCCCUCGGCCACUUUCUUCCCCUCAGAGGGCUGCCCCCAAUGGACACACCACUCCCCUGGCCCCCCCGGCACAGGCCCCAUGCCCCACCAGCACCCCAGGCCCUGGGCGCCCUGCACGGCUGCCCUCUGGGAAUGGCUACAAGUUCUUGUCGCCAGGACGGUUCUUCCCCUCCUCCAAGUGCUGAAGCCCCCUGGCCACCUACUCUGCGGGCCAGGAGCCUAGGGCCUUGGCCUCGCCCAUUUCCUUGGAUGAGGCAGAACCUCGGGCAACGAGCUGGGAGGGGGUGGGCAGAGGUGGAUCCAGGUGCUCAGUGAACUGCCUGGGCAGAGGCCAGAGCUGUGGAUCGGUGCCAGCUGGCAGCUUGCCUCCUCUCAGUGCCCCCCUGGGUGCUGGAUACCAGCAUCCAGAGUCGCCAAGGAUGAAUGGGAGGAGGGUGUUUUAGCAGGCAAGAGCCACACACAACUUUCUAUGGUGAAGAGGUACAAGCCUCUCUUUUGAUGCUUCUGGGGAGGUGGGUUGCUAGAAGCGGGCUGGCAUUGCCCUUUUCUGGGAGAUGCAAGUGUGGUCUUGUGGCCCCCCAGGGGUCUGUCUCUGGGAUGACCAGACCCCACCUGGAGACCUUGUCUGGCUGGGACAGGCAGGUGGAACCCUUGGGUGCUGGAGCUGGUGCAGAGUCAAACCACAGCAGGCUCUGUCCUUUGCAACCAGUGACGCGACCCUGGAAGCAGCCCUCACUUGGCAGCUGCUGGCCUGGAGGUCCAGAGCACCCCACCUGGCACCAGGCCUCCCUCCCUUCGCCAGAAAGAAGCAGCCCCCCUCCCUGCUCCUGGGGGCUUUUCUUUGCUCACCUGAUUUGGGUCAGACACCAGGCUCCGCAUUCCCAAGCACAAAGGAGAGGCCCCCCUGCUCCUCUCCCCACCUCCCCCCCCCAACAUCCCUAUUACUGUGUCAGGGGCUUUGGGUUUCUGAAGGCAGAAGUGCCGUGGUGCAGGGGUUGCUGGCACAGGGGGAACAAGUCUUGGGGUUCCUCUCCUUUCUUUUGUUUUCUUUCUUAGCAUUUCCAAGCUAUGCAGCUGCAAGGGGAGGGGGGGGAGCCUUCGUCUAGGCAGAAGCCAUUGAGUGGAAAGACAGGGCAGAUCCCAGCAGGCCGCUUGCCCACCAGUGGGAACCCAACCUUUGAAGGAAGUGGCCCUUGGGAGUCCUGCCCAUUGGUCCCCCCAAGGCCCAGCCUCUUCCCUUGUGGGUGUGAGCUCUCGGGAGCACCCAUUGCUCUUCGUCUACCCUAUGCAAAGCCACUCUGCAGCCAGCCUUCCCAAUCUGGGGAGGGCCUGUAGCCCCCCUCCCUGCAGCCUGCAGAGCUUCUGUGCUUCCUUCCUUCUUAGGCAGAAGUCUAAGCAAUGGUGCUUUCAUGGGCCGCCACCCUCCUCCGCCCCCUUCCUGGUGGUGCCAGGCGCUGCAGCCUUCCCAGAGUGCUGGUUCUGCCCUUGGGGGGGGGGAGAUGGGGCUCCCUGCAGGGCCCCUUAGGCCUCAAGUUCCACGUUCAGCAAAGCCUCACCCCUCUGCCCCCACCCUGGCUGUCACUUCACUCCUCUGCUCCCCGUGAGGAGGAAUCGACCAGGUUUGUCACUUAUAUGGGGAAAUUCAGGAAACAUCAUAUCUCUGCACCCCAGGAAUCUGUCCUCCAGGAAUCUGUCCUCGUUCGUCGUCCUCCUUGUUGUGUUUGUGCAUGUCUGAGUGACAACACUGCUUCUCACAGUGAGCAAUAAGCGUUCGGUGUGAUGCCACGUACAAGUACCCCCCCCUCUCUCACACACCCUGCCAAGAGAGGGCCCUUCCAUUUGACUCCAGGCUGCAGAGGUCGCUGAGCCACCUGGGCAAUGGUCUCGUAGGGCCCAGAGCUGGCCAGUGCAUGCUGCCCACUCCCCUCUGUGCCAAGGCCCUUGCCCAAUCUAGGGUCAGGCUGGAGAACUGAAAGGUACCGGGGGUGGGGGGUGGGAGGAUGGUUUCCAAAGCCCCCUCCCCCCACCUGCUUGUGGUCCAUCUACUCUGCCCCUUGGUCAUGUGAUCUUGUGAGGUGGGGCUCUUGUUCCCGGGAAUGUGGGGAGGAUCCUGGCACACACACACAAAGACACCUGCUGCCUCCCUCCCUGUCCAAUGCUGGCUGGUCCUCUGCACUCUGAUCUUUAUGCAGCGUUUGCCAUGUUUGGCCUAUAAGGACUUUUUUGUAAAUUAAAACUCCCGUUUCCAGACAGCAUUAAACUUUUUAUAUUACGAAGUUUACCAUGUAAAAAGAAUUUCAUAUUUUUAUUGCAAUUCCUAAGGCAUUUGGCCGCCUCCUUUGUGAUUUCCUUUGUGUCUAUUAAAGCAUGAGAUCUCUCA